AUGCGGGGCGGCAAUUCCGCUGCCGCAAAGGGGUCAAGCAACAGCGGCGAAAAAAAGAAAAGGACACAAACGCAUCUUUGUGAGACAGGGGUCGCAAGCGCGGGCAAGAAGCGGAGCACGAUCAGCUGCUUUCCAUUGCCACCCCAUGAUUCAACAACAGACAACACCGAGCCGCCUUCCGUGCGGGUUGCCGCUGCACGACAACAUGUGAUGAGCAUCGACAAGGACUCCAGUGUGACCAGUCCCGUGAUGGGAACAACCAUCAGCAGCGCGACUGGUUCAAGGAGCGGGGUGCUGGUUACAGACCCGUGGGUGAUUUUGCAACCACAACAGCCACCAUUUCUUCGUGGCUGGGCCGCGCAACGGAGUAACACAAGGGAUAGCAACAACGCAAAGACGGCCGAAAGGUGUGUCUUGCCACGCACAACCAAAAAGAGCACGGCUACAAUUCCAACACGGAUGAGUCUUUGCCAGGUUGCACACGAGAUUUUGAAAUCAAACACCGUUGAAAACGAUGCAUGUUUUGUUGAUGGCCGUGUUCGAAAAUUGCAGCGACUGGAGUUGCAUUUUGCCACCCCGUCGGAGAGGAAGCAGGAUUUUACUCGUGUUGUGGAUCCCUACACGGAGACGAUGCGGCGUUUGGAGGAGGAGCAUCAUCGACGUUUUCGUCGGGCUCUUUAUAUACUGCAGCAGAUGCAUCCAGACCCCUGGUGGCGUCUGCAGUCAUCGGUUUACUACGACGUUGGCGUACCUGAUUUAUUGGCAUGCGAUGAAAACCUUCUCUUUUCCCGUGUGGCAGGGGAAGUGCGGGAUGCCGGUGUUACGUGGCUCUCCUUGAAGAACUCCACCUUGUAA